AUGAACAAGAGAGUUAGACUUAUAGAAGAUGAAGCUGGAUCAAAUGCCACUGAGUCUGAAAAUGACUACAGAGAAGAGGACAUUAGUGAUGUUGAGGACUAGAGGAAACGCAGAAGAAGGAAUAAGAAGAAUGUCCAAAAGAUGCCUACUAUCAUUGAUGACACUUGGCUUCCCUCCACCAUGAAAAAAUUGAGAGCAUGUAACUACUGCAAAUUGGUGCUGAAUCAGGAGAAGUGGGGUAAACUCAAGCAAUGCCCCAACUGCCCGGAAAGUCUCGCCGGGCUUGAUGAGACCACUGAUAACUUUGAGAGUUUGAUCUCUCUUGUAUUGCCAAUGAAGAGUUGGGUGGCAGAAUGGCAGUAGAUGAAGAACCUUAUUCCUGGAAUUUACGCCCUUGGCAUCAGAAAAUCAUAUUCUGAUUGA